CAUUCCUUCAGCGGCUCCUUCGCGGUCCUGCGGUCCCUCCUGGGAAACCAUCCUUGGCCUCGGGGGUCCGCGCGGUGAGGCAGCGUCCGGUUUCUUGAAUCUUCUGACUUCAAGCUAUCAGUGGUGUUAGUUGAACCUAAAUUGGUAAUAAAUCAAUAAGGGACAAAUGUUUGCAUUCACUCAGUGAACAGUACCAUGUCUAAACUCAGCAUAUAUUGGAGCCACACGGGACCUCUCUCCCUCCUCCGCUAAGAGCAGAAGAUGAAGAGAUACCAGGAUCAAGUGUCAUUCAAGGAUGUGUGUGUGGAUUUCACCAAGGAAGAAUGGUGUCUGCUGGACCCUGCUCAGAAGGUGCUGUACAGAGAUGUGAUCCUGGAGAACUACAGCCACUUUGUCUCAGUAGGGUACUGUGUUGCUAAACCAGAUGUAAUCUUCAAGAUAGAACAAGGAGAAGAUCCCUGGAUACCAGACAAGGGAUUCCCAAGCCAGUACCAUCCAGAAAGGAAAUGGAAAGGUGGUGGCCUGUUAGAGAGCAGCCAGGAAAGUCAAGAUGAACGCUUUUGGCAGCUCGUUUUCACCAACAACAAGAGAGUUUGUACAGAAAGUAGUGAUAGCGUUAGAAAAACUCUAGGUCUGGACUUAGACCACAUCUCUUCAAGAAAUUUUCCCUUCAAAAUAUGUGACUCUUGUGAAAUGAAUGUGAAAAAUAUUUCAGGCUUUCUCAUUAGUAAAAAGAACUAUUGCAGAAAGAAGUCUGAUAAGUUUAGCAAUGUAUGUGAGAAAUCACUCCUUGAUAUUAGGCAUGAGAAAAUUCCUACAGGAGAAAAACCAAGUGAAUACAAUCAAAAAAGGAAUGUUGUCAGUAAUUGCCAGGAUCUCACUCAGUCAAUUCUUGACCAACCUUUUGAAUAUAGUGAAAAUGGACAAGAGGAAGCCGCUCUCUUUACAAAUCAGAGGCCUGAGAUGGAGGAGACACUCUGCAAAUUCACUGACUAUGGAAGAAUGUUCAUUGACAAUUUAAAGCUCAGUGUCUCUCAGAGAGCUUAUUUGGAGAUGGAGCCACAUGAAUGCAGUAUUUGUAGGAAAUCAUUUUAUAUGGAUUCACAAUUUGAACAUCGGAAAAGUCUUACAGAGGACGGUCCUUAUGAAUAUAAUGACUAUGGGGAAAUCUUCUGUGGCAAUUCAACUUUUGUUAUCCAUCAGGAAGCUUACCAAAAAAAGGCUGAACAAGAGCAUAAAGUGUGUGAGAAAGCUUUGGAAAAGUCAGCCCUCUUUAAGCACCAGAUUGUGCAUACGGGGGGCAAGCCCUCCCAGUACCACGAAAGUAGGAGUUGUUUCAGCAAGAAGUCCCACCUCCCCCAGUCUCGGAGAGCUCACUCAGGAGAAAAAACCUUUGAAUGCGGUGAGUGCGGUAAGACUUUCUGGGAGAAAUCAAACCUCACCCAACAUCAGAGAACACACACAGGGGAGAAGCCCUAUGAAUGUUCUGAAUGUGGGAAAGCCUUUUGCCAGAAACCACACCUUACCAACCACCAGCGAACACAUACGGGAGAAAAGCCCUAUGAAUGUAAGCAGUGUGGGAAAACCUUCUGUGUGAAGUCCAACCUCACUGAACAUCAGAGAACUCAUACUGGGGAGAAACCCUAUGAGUGUAAUGCUUGUGGAAAAUCCUUCUGCCACAGGUCAGCCCUAACUGUCCAUCAGAGAACGCACACGGGUGAGAAACCAUUUAUAUGCAGUGAGUGUGGAAAGUCCUUUUGUGUGAAGUCAAACCUCAUUGUACAUCAAAGAACUCACACAGGAGAGAAACCCUACAAAUGUAACGAAUGUGGGAAAACCUUCUGUGAAAAGUCGGCUCUCACCAAACACCAGAGAACUCACACAGGGGAGAAACCCUAUGAGUGUAGUGUGUGCGGGAAGACCUUUAGUCAGAGGUCAGUACUCACUAAGCACCAGAGAAUCCACAUGAGGGUGAAAGCUCUUUCAACAGCCUGAAUGUCCAGAAGACUUCAUAUACCUGUCCAAUAUGUACAUUAAAAAAAAUGAGAUUAGAAACUGCCAAAGAAUGCCACAAAGUUCUAGAAAAUGCUACUUUAUUUAAAUAUGUGAAGGCUUUCAAGAAAAAAAAAAUAAUAAAAGUUUUUCUUUAGAAAGUUUGUAUUUAGAGGAAAGUAUUCAUUUAAGUAAUGUGGUAAAACACAAUGUCAUCUUCCAAAUGUGAUGCCAAAAUUGUCUUGCAAUAGGAUGAGUCACAGUCUAUGUAGUCACAGUGGAGUCUGAAGCUAAAAUUAAUCUGAAGGACAGUAGCACUAAACAUGCCUGUGACAAGCUUCUGAUGUUUGUACACCUUAUGUGAGUAGGGUGUUGUAACAGAUAUUUGAGGUGUACUUGAUUUAUAUAUUGGAGUCCAGACAUGGUUGUGAGGAAAAAAAACAAGCCCUUAGUUUAGUAACUAUAGUGAUAUAUAUAUUAAUAUUUUCCAUACUAAACACUGCCAGUAUCUUUGUAGAUUGAUAGGAUUAUAUAUGUGUAUAUACAUAUGUGUGACUGUGUGUCUAUAGAUAUGUAUGUAUAUGUGAAUAUAUUUGUACACAUGUACCUACAUCAUAUGCCCAUGUCAAAAUGUCACCUCACACUGACUUAAAAAGUGCUGCUGACUGUUAACCUUUCAGGAAUUUUGUGAGCCACUUAUGUUGUUUAAAAUUCUAUAAAGUUAAAUUAUAUUGAAAACAAAGGAAGAAAUAGCACACAUAAUCUCCUCCAAAUAACUAGCUAGAUUUCACUGCCGUCUCUGUUGUAUAUGAUUGGAUGUAUCAAAUGAUAUGCUGCUGCAGAGUUCUUUCUGACUCACGUGUCAUCAGGGCCAUCAUGCUGUUAGGUUGAUCUUAGAAUAUUUAUACCAUGAAAACUGACAAGAUAUGUAUCUGGGGUUUUAUUUUCUCAGAGAACCUGUUCUUAAAUAUUUACCAAAACACCUGUAUAUAUAAAAAAUAUACUCAGAAAAUUUGUAGUAUAAGCUAUAUAUCCUUUUUUUUCCCUAUUUUCUAAAAUAAGGAAAUGAAUAUGGCCAUUAUUACUAAACUGCCUCUUUAGUAAAAAAAAAAAAAAAAUAGCCAAAAGAUGUUUUUGUGAGCCUUUUAAUUACCUCAGAAUAGUUCAGUUCUAAAUAUUAUUAGUCUCUUGAUAGCUUGGCCAGUAUAAGUAUUAAGUGAAAUAUUUUACAAAAAUGUAUCACCUAUUUUAGACAGUUUCCUGGUAUAUGUAAAUGAGAAUGGUCAUUAGCAAACUACCCUUUUAAUGAAGAUGUCAAACUAUUUUUCUAAGAUUUUUUUUCCAGCUACCUCUGUGUCAGACAUAUAAAUGCUGUUAAUAAGAAUGGUAUUUACAUGAAUUAUGCAAAGGUUAACAUUGCUGUAAAUAGUAAUAGUCACCACACUCUACAAAUUAACAGUGGUGGUAUGUGAGAAAAUUCCCCUUUUGUACUCUUGGUAUUUCAUUGUGGCUGUAUUUAGGAAUGAUAUACAUAGCCCUGGUUCUUGUACUCUAGGAACUGUGAACUUCUAUUUAGAAUUUAGGGUAUCCUAAUAAUGCCUCUGCCUCUUUUGUGCUACUGCUCCUGGGGACCCCUGGAAACACACAGGGAAGCAGUUUAAGAGGUACUUAGCUACUCCUGGAAACACAUGGGGAAGCAGUUUAAGAGGUACUUAGCUACUCCUGGAAACACACAGGGAAGCAGCUUAAGAGGUAUUUAGUUACUCCUGGGAACACACUGGGAAGCAGUUUAAGAGGUACUUAGCUACUCCUGGAAACACUGGGAAGCAGUUUAAGAGGUACUUGGCCACCCUGGAAACACACUGGGAAGCAGCUUAAGAGGUACUUAGUUACUUCUGGAAACACUGGGAAGCAGUUUAAGAGGUACUUAGCCACCCUAGAAAUACCCUGGGAUGCAGUUUAAGAGGUACUUAGCUGCCUUCUUUGCUGAGCUGACGUUUGUCUUUUGCCUUCCUUGCCCCAGGUGAUCUAGGGACUACAGCCAGAUUAGCCUAAGGUAACCACAGACACCCCCAUCUGACCAUUUUGUUAGGAUGAACAUGUGAGCAAUAAGAUAAACACGCGGGAAUGCUGUGCAACUUGCAGAAUAGAUCUCAUCAGUGAAUAUUGUCAUAACGUGAGAAGAUGUGAGUGAGAGACACGAGAAGAAAUUGUCCUUACUCCGAUGCACUUUUGCAUGUGUGUGUACAUGCAUCCUGGUUUGUCGUUGAGAUCUGGGAGGGCAGUAGCCUGAAGAAGGCAGGGCACACAAUGGGAAAAACUGACCCAAAUGUGCUGUCCCUGAGCCCUCUACAGCUACACUGUUCUGGGACCUGUUAUUAUCGACAGCAGUAACUCCUUGUUCAUUCUUAGGACUGCCUGAUACUUAGAGCUGAAGGCAUUCAAGCUAACAAGAGAGGAGCAGUUUUCUAGGAGUUAACAAUCUGCACAGUGAUUUGGGUGGAAGAAUUUCUUUCUU